AUGUCCACUUCUGGUUCUAUGUCCACUUCUGGUUCUACGUCCACUUCUGGUUCUACGUCCACUUCUGGUUCUACGUCCACUUCUGGUUCUACGUCCACUUCUGGUUCUACGUCCACUUCUGGUUCUACGUCCACUUCUGGUUCUACGUCUACUUCUGGUUCUACGUCCACUUCUGGUUCUACGUCCACUUCUGGUUCUACGUCCACUUCUGGUUCUACGUCUACUUCUGGUUCUACUUCCACUUCUGGUUCUACGUCCACUUCUGGUUCUACGUCCACUUCUGGUUCUACGUCCACUUCUGGUUCAUCCACUUCUGGUUCUACGUCCACUUCUGGUUCUUCGUCCACUUCUGGUUCUACGUCCACUUCUGGUUCUACGUCCACUUCUGGUUCUACGUCUACUUCUGGUUCUACGUCCACUUCUGGUUCUACGUCCACUUCUGGUUCUACGUCCACUUCUGGUUCUACGUCCACUUCUGGUUCUACGUCCACUUCUGGUUCUACGUCCACUUCUGGUUCUACGUCCACUUCUGGUUCUACGUCCACUUCUGGUUCUACGUCCACUUCUGGUUCUACGUCCACUUCUGGUUCUACGUCCACUUCUGGUUCUACGUCCACUUCUGGUUCUACGUCCACUUCUGGUUCUUCGUCCACUUCUGGUUCUACGUCCACUUCUGGUUCUACGUCCACUUCUGGUUCUACGUCUACUUCUUGUUCUACGUCCACUUCUGGUUCUACGUCCACUUCUGGUUCUAUGUCCACUUCUGGUUCUACUUCCACUUCUGGUUCUACGUCCACUUCUGGUUCUACGUCUACUUCUUGUUCUACGUCCACUUCUGGUUCUACGUCUACUUCUGGUUCUACGUCCACUUCUGGUUCUACGUCCACUUCUGGUUCUACGUCCACUUCUGGUUCUACGUCCACUUCUGGACUCUACUCCUGUUCCAGAACCUCGGUGUUACGAGGACACCCAUUUCACAUUCUGACUCACUGGUCGACUCCAGCGAUAUGUUUGUUAGAGUGA